UGUUGGCUUCCCUGUCGGUAAUGUAAUAUGGCGGAUUGUGGGCGCCAAAUGCUGUGAGUUAUGAAAUUUGGUGGUUUGUGUGACAAAUUAUGUAUGUAGAAGAUUUAAAGAAAGACUUCUAUAACGUGUUGAUUGGGAAGAGGAUACUUUUACUAGUGAAUCAUGACAUUGAUGCAAUAUGCGCAUGCAAAAUUCUUCAGUGCCUUUUCCGAUAUGACAGUAUUCUUUACACAUUGGUUCCCGUGCAGGGGAUAACUGAUCUGCAGAAUGUGUAUGGAGAAAACUCCGAAGAGGUAAAAUAUAUUGUUCUUGUCAACUGUGGUGGCACCAUUGACAUUGUUGAAGCACUUCAGCCCAAAGAAGAUGUUGUGUUCUUUGUUAUUGACAGUCACAAACCAACUGAUGUGUGCAAUGUUUAUAAUAACGGACAGAUAAGACUGCUGUCAAAAGCAGAAGACGAUGAAGGUAUUCCAGAGUUCGAAGAAAUCUUUCAGGACGAGUCAGAGGAGGAAGAUGAAGAUGGUUCAAAUGCUGGCUCAGGUGACGAGGAUGGAACAGAGGAGUCGCGACAGGCAAAACGACGACGUCUGGAUGAAGAAGCAAUUCUUAGGAGGCGAGAACGGCGCCUUUGGGAAGAGAAAAGAGACCGGCUUAUGUUUGACUAUACUCAGUUCAAUUAUUAUGGGCGUUCGAGUGCUGUGAUAAUGUUUGAACUUGCAUGGAAGCUAUCAAAGGAUAACAUGGACCUCUUAUGGUGGGCAAUUGUGGGUGUUACAGAGCAAAUAUUAUUAUACAAGGUGGAGAAUCAGCAGUAUGUACUGGAGACUGGGAACUUGCAGGGUCAUGUUGCCCGUCUUGGUUACCAAGGUGAAGUACUGGAUGAUGAGAACUCCACUCAUCAUAAGACUGCACUCAAGAUAACGUAUGAAAAAGACCUGCAAUUGGCACUUUAUCGUCACUGGACAGUGGAAGCGAGCCUUCAGCAUUCAAUGUACUCAGCUGUGAAGCUAAAGCUAUGGACCCUUCGUGGAAAGAAGAAACUUCAUGAGUUGCUUGCUGAGAUGGGAUUGCCUCUUGUUCAAAGUAGGCAGAAAUUCGGUGCAAUGGACCUAGUGCUUCGUCAGGAGUUCCAGUCGAUGAUAGCCAAGCUUGCAGAUAAAUACCAGUUGCAUGACAUUGUUUAUGCAUCCUUCAUUUUGCAGUAUGGUUUCCGUAGUCGUUAUUGUGCCGCUGACAUAGUCUAUGCCAUGCUUGCCACCCUGGAAUCCAUGGGGAGGGAUAAAUCACCAGCUGAUUGCUUUCUAGAAGCUUUGGACUGUUUAUCCAGGCAGAAGAAAUGUGUUUUGGAGGAAGGAAUUGAGAAGGCAAAGCGGAUGCUGACAUGUAUCUUCAAGCAAGUCCAAGCUGCACUGGAUAUGCACCAAGUUAUUUCAGCUGGCCCGUUUGUUUACUUGAUAUUGCAAGAGGGUACAUUAGAUGCAAAGAUGUUCUCUCGUCCUCAUUGUAUAACUCUUCUGGCUCACUUUGCCCUGAGGGCAUAUGUGGCAAGCUCACGGAAUCGCAGAGCACCAAGCUUGCCCCUGAUCGCAUCAGCACCUCAUGACUUAGACAGGGGCACCUGUUUGGUCGUUGGAAUUCCUCCCACUUGUGAGGACUCACCAAAGAACUUCUUUGGCAAAGCAUUUGAACGUGCAGCAGAGAAAACAAGUGCCAGAAUGCUACCAGACUACUUAGAUAGUUCCAUUGUUCAACUCAAGACUGAAGACAGGACAAGAUUUUUUGAUGCCUUGACUACAUUAUUAAGUUAGGAUAAAUCAUAUUUUAAUAAUUACACCUACAUAUCAGUCUGUAGAAUUUUUAAUUAUUUGACAGUUGUUAUUUUAUCACAAAGCGGUUUAAUGGAAGCAAAGCACAAAUUAUUUCUGGAGAGUUAAUAUUUAAGACACAUUGUUCCUUUUGCUCUAAAGCAAAGUCAUAAAGAAUUUUAUUCUAAUUGUUUUUUAAACAGUUCUGCAGAAUUCAUAUAUGAGGUGUGAAUAAUUAAAAAGUUUCCAGAGACUUUUUUUAAAAUGCAUUAAAAUAAUUUGAAAUGAAAAAUGGCAGCACAUUCCCUAGUCACUAAUGAAAUUUUUACAAUGAAACGCAAUGAAUUUUAAAUUUAAAAAACUAAUUAUUUAGAGGUAUUGAUAAUGACACUGGUGUACAUACUGUGAACUUCCUUCAUAUGCAGGCAGAUGAAGACCAUUUCCUGUGGUAGUUGCUGUUGGUUUCAUAAGGGUAUUGUGACGUUGAUAUGGUUAUAUGCUGAUAGUAUGUGUGGGGUAAUAGGGAGUGUGAAGGGUUCAUAGGAUUAAAUUGCUCUUGGUUUACGGUCCUUUUUGACCUCAGGAAAUACAUAAAUGGUAGAAAACCAAUAUAUUGCGUGUUCUUCAUAACAUAACAGUGGCAUUCCCUAUUUAAGAUUUUUCUGGAAGCUGUGGAUUAAAUCCCUAAACAAAGAUAAACCUUAAAUGAAGGAGAUUUAAUAGUGAGAUUACUAAUUUAAGAUCACUUAUAUGGGACCCAAAACCAAGAAACAUAGUGUCACAAUUUAGGUGUGUGUGACUAUAGAUGGGGUAUGGAUUGGAUAUAUUGAGCACUUGUAUACACCACUUUACACUUUACACUACACUUUACAAUUCACUGACACACACAGAUUAGCUAGCGUCUUCAAUCUAUUGCAGUCUCCACCAGCUGUUUCCUAGCAACAGAUUCAACACAAUGGAGAUUCUUCAGCUUCUGUGGGCACAGCAUUGCCCCCUGGUUAACAUUCCACGCCUGAACUCAUAGUUCCAUCUUCUCAGCCUCCCUUGUAGAGCCCAACUCUCAACUAAAUGCUCACUUGGAACUCCAGAUUCUUAACUGAACUCUUCUUUAUAACCACUUUGCACAAACUGAACAUAAAACAUCGU